CAAAAAUUGAUUUCUUAAGUUGGCUAAAGCUAUUCCAAAUGUGUGUACUGCGGUAUGAAAUGGAAAACUGACUAUUGACCUGCAGAUCUUGUUGUGUAUUUGUUUCGAGAAAUGUAAAAGGUUUUAGAAAAUACUUCAGAUCCAUCACUUUCGGCAUAGUUGGAUGUUGGUACCAAUGGCAAAUGAAACAAAUAACACACUUAUUAGUCAUUUGAGCAGUGGUCAAACAUCCCAAUGUAAAGUUGAUGAGAUUGAUACAAUAAUCAUCAUAGGAUAUGCGUUGGUAUUCAUCAUCGGAGUGAGUGGAAACGCAAUAGUGCUCCUGGUAUUUGGGUGUGGUAGAUUACGAAGUCGCGUGCUGUAUAUUCUUAUUUCAUACUUGGCAUUUUUUGAUGGGCUAUCGUCAUUCAUAAACCCAUUGUUGUUUAUAUACUGGAUGGUCACGUGCAAUAAGUCGUGGCAUUUUGGCGAAUUGGGUUGUAAGCUCCUUCCAGCGCUAGGUCGUAUUUUUACUGAUGUUUCCAUCGGUAUAAUUUUAAUCAUGGCUAUCGAUAGAUGCGUAGCUAUUGUGUUUCCUAUGAAAGCAAGAUUGAAAACAAGAUCUGUACACUUUUUACUGCUAUGCCUGUUCACACUGUCUAUAACUUUUGAAAGUUAUUACAUCGUCACUUUACAUGUCGACGCCAAUGGAGCUUGUGCAGUAGCAGACAUUAGAGACUUAUGGUAUUCCUAUCCGUUGGUUAUAACUAUCAGUAUACGUGACGUUGUUUUUAUCAGCGUCUUUAUUACGACGACGGUACUAGUGUAUCGGAGAUUGCAGAAAUCGGAAAGAAAACAGUUAUUAUCAAAUGACAAAAAUAUGCAGAGAAAAAACAAUAAGGUCAUGAAAAUGCUGAUCGUCAUGGCAAUAGUGUCGGCUGUGGCGGUUAUUCCACGCGAUAUACUUCAUCUGUCGUAUGUUUUGUCACACAUGGUAACGGGAUUUGUAAACAAAGGAAUACAAUUUUCGCACUCCUUGUUGGUGACAAACAAAGUUCUCAAACUUCUACAGAUUAGCAACGGUAUAUACAAUGUCUUCAUCUAUGGUAAGAUGUAUGGCACAUUCAGAAAAAAAAUAAAAAUGUUUUUCUGCAGAAAUCUCUACCGCAACGAGCAAAACAGUGAAAAAAAUCAUAGCCAAACCUAUCAACCAGAUACUAUCAGGCUUCGAGAAAGUUUAAGCCGUGUAUAAAAUGGCAAACUUCAUCCCUAGUGGUCGAUUAAAAAAGCUUGGUGACGAGAAUACAUUACAAAUACAAUGCUGACGAUUGAAAAGCAGUCGACAUUUUUUAGAACAUCGCAUAUGGUUUGUUUUUGCUCGUAGUUUAUCCCAAUUUCUUUUUCACCCUGUUCAACCCUGGAAUCAAGGUUUUCACCCUUUUCAACCCUGGAAUCAAGGUUUUCAGCUUUUUCAACCCUGGAAUCAAGGUUUUCACCCUUUUCAACCCUGGAAUCAAGGUUUUCAGCUUUUUCAACCCUGGAAUCAAGGUUUUCACCCUUUUCAACCCUGGAAUCAACGUUUUCAGCUUUUUCAAACCCUGGAAUCAAGGUAUUCAGUUUAAAAUGGUAAUAUUUCCACAUGCGAUCUCCCUUUUUGUCCCCAGUUUUUAACAAAGAAACAAAAGGUAACUAAUUUUGCAUAAUAUUCUAUUUAUUCGUUUAAUAUUUAUUUAUUUAUUAAAAACUUUAUGUGAAGAAAUUCGUUCGCGUUAGUUUGCCCGUAGAUCAGCUUUGGUUGCGCUUUGUGUAGGUCUACCAUCUUUCUUAAAGACGUGUUAUUAUGACUUUCUUAAAAAGAGAUUUUUAAAAACAACACAGCAACGUAGUGUAUCGACCAAAAGCUUUGUUUCGCUUCCAUACUUGUAUAUUGAAAAUACACUUUCUUUUCAAAGAACAAGAAAAAACUAAGCAAAGGUUAGACGUUCCUAGUUGGAGCGCAGCAAAGCUUGUCUACGCGUAAUCUAAAUGAUUUUCGCACAGCAUAUCUUAAGGAAAAAAAUUAAUGCGAAAGAAAGAAUACGGAAUUCAUGUUUGCAAUUAAUGUAUUCUCAAACUCAAAUCCUGCAUUUUUAGGUUAGUAUGGAUAGACGUUCGUAAUUUUUUAUUUCGCAUACCUUCUUUUCAGAACUUUUCUUGUAAAUUCAUCAUAAAUUUCCACUUCUUACAUGUGUAAUUAUUCCGUAUUUAGCGCAAUUCUCAAAUUCCUAUUCGCAUACUUUGCAAUUUUUUUCUUCCGCAAACAAUAUUUUUCCCUUGAGGUAAUUUAUAUAGCACAAAAAACACCCAGCGAAAAAUAGUUAUGGAUGAUGUAAUAAAUAUUUUUGACAAUUCACUCUUGUAUUUCACAAAUAUACAUCCAGCUCUCCCCUGUUCCUUUUGUAAUUUGUGAUACCUUUUAAAACUACUCCUAAAAAAUGUAAAUGUUGGUGAGAUGUGCAAAUAUUUGUAUAGGAUUCGAAAA